GGGAGAUCAUAGCUAAAAUUCCAAGAACUAGAAUUCGCUUUUACAGUACGACUUUACAGUUUUCUUUAUCAAAAAACUACAUCAAGCGAUUGGACUUUUUCGUUUUUUUCAAUUAUGAAAAAAGAUUGUCUGAUGCAGUUCAUUCAUACGUGUAAUAGAUUAAAACAGUAUUUUGUGUUAGAUGCAACUGAUACUCGAAGUGCGCUGGAACCGACAUAGAAACUUCGUCGAUUAAUUUUUAUUGUUAAUUUAAGUUCUUUCAUCAGAGUUAAGUUACAGUUGCAAGUUCUAUUACUAUUACACAGUAACAAAAGUACACCGAAAUAACAUUGGAUAGAAAGAAGUACAAAUUUAUGAACGUAUUAUUAUUGAGUCAAAAGAAAGUAAAGUUAUACCUAUAGAGAAUUAAAAAAAUUAUGGAACGAAAUACAAUGAAGACAAUAUUGUAUUAAAUACGAAACAGUAUUAUGUUAUGAUCAAUGGAAAGAAAGUAAAAUGCAUUAUUCAUGCACUUGGAGCAUCUGAAAAGGAACUUAAGAGCACGGGGAGAGUACGCCUUCCAUCAUUAAAAUUGAUCAAAAUGAAGGAAAACGUUACCUUAGCAAAGCAUGUACGAUUGAUAGAUAACUGAUAUCAAUCAAAAACGACAAGCAUUAACUCACAAAAGUUUCAAUGAGAUUUAUCCUGAAGAUCAAUCUCCAAAUUCAAAGGAUCAGAACAAAGAAUUGGCGACCAAAACACAUUCCUCACAACCUCUAAUGGAAAAUCCAAUGGAAAAUUUGGCGAUUAAUGAAAAUCCAUUUGAGCAUCUUAGGAAUACGCCAGGAACGCAGGAUAGUAAGACAUUGACUGAUGUGUUUAACCAACAAGCAAAAAUAUUGGAAAACCAAGACGCUAUGAAAGCUCAGUUGUCAGAGAUUGUACGAACGGAAAAAGGAUUGUUGACAUUUUGUCAAGAUCUAUGUGAAAAUAAAGUCAACUUAUCAAACAUGGAAGCACUUGGUCUGCGACAAGGUGUCGGUACUUUCAGGAUCAACGAAAGCAAUCAAGAAGAGAAUCAUUUGGGAAGAGGUGUUUGGCUUCUAAAAGAAAAAUAUGAUACAGCUGAAAGAAAUGCUGUUGGCACAUUUGCUAAGUUCAUUAGAAAUUUGGCUGUCGCAGUAUUUGGGAAAGAAACCUUAGCUCAAAGUUCCGUAUCACAAAGUCUCGAAAGGAGACAUCUGAGAGUAAUUCGAGUGAUACUGAAUCGGGACAAGAUCGGCCUAUCAGCCCGGAUGCUAACAAAUCAAAAUUAAAUAGUAGUGUACCUCAAGAAGCUAAGAAAAAUACAAAAUCUAAGAAGGAUGAAAAAAAAUGUCAAACUUUGAAGAAGCCAGAAAAUACGUCUGAUGCUGAUUCUGAAAGUUUAAUCUCCCGGAAGAAUUUAAAACGGCUGAAUUCAAAAAGGAUUUUGUCUGCUUACUCCGAAGAAAGCGAAUCUGACAGUAUUAUUUUUCCUAAAAAAAGGACAAAGGUGUUCCACAGGGAUGAGUAUAAAAAGAUACUUAAUAAGAUAGCUGCAGAUAGCAGUAAUAAAGAAAAAGAGCCGGCUGCGAAAGAGUCCUGUUCUGAUGAGAAGAGCAGUGAAUGUUCUGAAAUAGAUCCUACAGUACUAGAAGAGAUGUUUGAUAAUGUUGAACUAACAAGAACAAACAAUUCAUUGUUUCUGACAACUACAUCGUCACGAGAUCCCCUAGAAUAAUUAGUAGUCAUGUACUUUAAAUGAUGUAUUCUUCUAAUAAUUAUUAUACCGAAGUAUUUACAACUUGAAAAA